AUGCAUUAUAACCAACAACGACAGUUAAUUAUGGUGGUUGAUAGAAAGAAACACUCUUUCAAAGUCAUAGCUGCGAGUGAUAUCUAUGGUGACAGAUCACUUCCAACUGAAGUAUACGAUUCAAAGGCUGACAGUUGGUCGCUUCACCAAACCAUGCCAGCUGUCAAUCUUUGUUCAUCAAAGAUGGCAUUUUGUGACUCGAGGUUAUAUUUGGAAACAAUUUCACCUCUUGGGUUGAUGAUGUAUCAGUUGGAUGCGGGGUAUUGGGAACAUAUUCCAGCAAGGUUUCCAAGAUCUUUGUUGGAUGGGUAUUUGGUUGCGGGGACACAGAAGCGUUUGUUUUUGGUUGGAAGAAUCGGUCUUUAUAGUACUCUUCAGAGUAUGAGAAUUUGGGAAUUGGAUCAUGCAAAAGUGAUUUGGAUUGAAAUAAGCAGAAUGCCACCAAGAUAUUUUAGAGCUCUGUUGAGGUUAUCAGCAGAAAGAUUUGAGUGUUUUGGACAGGAUAAUUUGAUCUGUUUUACAUCUUGGAAUCAAGGGAAAGGUUUGCUGUUUGAUGUUGAUAAAAAGGCAUGGUCUUGGAUUGCUGGAUGUGCUCUACAGUCAUAUAACAGUCAAGUCUGUUUCUAUGAGCCGCGAUUUGAUGCUUCAAUCUACUGA